UUCCGAACACCCAAGUUGCACACUCAACAAGGACUCCGAUGUAAAUCUUUAAUACUAUUCCUAGUAUGACAAAAUUUCCUAAUUUUUUGUCGAUUUCUGCAAAGAUCAAACCUAUUCGGUCUCCUUCUUCUUCUUCUCCAACAAAACUACAGAAAGUCUUUCUUUUCCCAUAAAAAUCCAUCACUCUACUACUUCACCUCUUUAAUUUUUCUGAAAAGAUAAUUCAAGAACAUGAUCAAAGAGCUUUUCCAGAAAAGGCUUAGUGCCUUUUAUGAAAAUUUGUUUUUCAACAAGCAAGAUUCAUGGGGGAACUCUGAUGUUGUUGUAAUCCAUUCACAGAAAGAAGAAAACCCAAAUUCUCUGUCAUCUCAGUUCUAUUUAUGGCUUGUUGGUGAAAAUUUGGAAAAUACAACAACGAUCUUUACCCCUUCUGCGAUAUACUUUCUCUGUACCGAGAAAAAUUAUUCCAAGAUUCGAUGUUUGUGUUGUUCUGCAACUUUGAUGCGGAAAAGUCCUGUUUCUGUUCAAUUGAAGGGAAAGAACGAUGAUGGGUUUGCGUUAAUCGACUCCACGAUACGUAAGGCCAGGGUAAUUUGUAACAGCAAGUGGUUUACUGGUGUUUGUGGUGAUGAUGGAAAUCGGCCGUUUGUUGUGGGUUAUAUAGAAGGUGAGUACCCUAAGUCUAAACUUUUUUGGAAUUUUAUGAAUGAUUUAGAACCCAGAACGUAUAAACUAGCUACUGUGAAUUCUGGUAUUAAUAAGAUGAUGAAUACUGGUGAUAAACCAAAAUUUUGUCCAGAAAUAAAAGAACUUGAAUUUUUGGAAUCACUAAGUAAUUUGUGUAAUGAAGAAGUGUUUCCACCCUUCUUGGAGAGGGGAAAUCAAUCUGCUUUGUUGGUGAAGGAAAACAGCAAUCUUGAAUCUAAAUUUGAACGUAUAGGCUUGAGUGAAGAGGGGAGGAGCCAUUUGAGUUCCGAAUUUGACAUUCCUUCACCAACUACCAAAACUAAUGAAGAUGUUCCACAUCAGUUUUGGUACUCUUCUUUGCCCGGAGAACAGGUAAACAUGUCUCGUGAUGCUCUGCGGUUUGAUGAUUUUGAUCAAGUAUUUAAGUUCGGGGCAAGUUUUUUGGAUGGAAAAGAGUACAAGUCAAAGGAAAUAAGCAAAAAUGGUGAUCAAGUGUUUAAGUUUGGGGCAAGUAAAUUGGAUGGUAAUGACUGCAAAUCAAAGGAAGGUAACAAAAAUGGUGAUCAACUAUUUACCUUUGGAGAAGGAAAGAAAGACGGCGAUCACCUGUUUAAUUUUGGAGAGCAGUGUAAGAUUGGAGAAAAGCGAGGCAGGAACCGUCAGCCUCAAUUAAUAAUGGAGGAUAACAAAGGCACAAAGGAUGUCAAGCAAGUUACAGAAAGAUUAACAGCCUUCUAUUCAAGCUGGAGGAAAUACAAAGAAGAGCAAUGGGGAAAAGCAGAUGUUUUGGUGAUUACUACUCCAUCAGUGGCAACAGUUGAAAAUUUGUCUCGUAGCUUCUUAGUGUGGUUGCUUGGUGAUGAGUUUCCGGAAAUCACAACUGUUUUUACCGAUACUGGAAUAGAAUUUCUUUGCACCAAGGAAAGUUUCUUCAGGCUUCGUACAAUUGGAAUUCGUAUGACAAUGGUUGCAAAGGUUACUGUUUCUGUCCAACUGAGGAAACGAGGAGAGCAAUGUGUAGAUUGGUUAAAAAAGACUUUGAGGCAGGUGAAUACUUCCGUGAAGUCUGGAGCAAACUGGUGCCCACUUGUUGUUGGAUGUAUUUCUGGGGAGUCUGGGGAGAUAGAGGUUCUUUCACAUUCCAAAAUGUUUGAAGUUGCAUAUGUAGACAGUUCUUUAGCCAAUCUGCUUGAACAGGGGAAUUUUGAGAAACCAGAAAGGUUUGCAGCUCAACAGUCAACUUUACCUAAGCAAUUUCAGAUGUUGUCUUUGGGAACAUGCGGUGCAAAAACUGCAAAUGCUGUAUCAUUUUCUGAGUUAGCCAAAAUUAGGUCAAUGGAUGAUAAUUCUUAUUUGUCACUUUUAUCCAAAGAAUCAUGCGGUGGUGCAAAAACUCUUACUGAUGAUAGAGUGGAUAAUGGAGGACCAGUUGAGCAAAGCAAACCUGAAGAAAACAAGGUAAUUGAGGAGGACAAUUCGUCAAGAAAACUUGCAGAUAAGAUGAUGUUGCUUGAGAUAAAGGAGGGUGAUAUGGAAACCUCUAUCACAGAGGACAGUGCAGAAGAAAAGCUAUUGGCUGAGGAACAAAAUAUGCUAUUGAACCUUGAAAAUAGUCCCUUACUGCAAGUGAAGGAGUGUGGAGAGGAAUCUAGACCAACUGCAGAAGGAGGAAUGGAUUACAGUGUCCAGCCAACUGGUGUUACAGAUGCUGCAUCAGAAAUUUCUUUACCAGAUGAUAACAUUGGCAGCUCGAGGAAGGACUCUGUUGGUUCUGAUGAUGAUUGGACAUUAAUUGAGAUGGAGUGUCAAGGGCAAGAAACAGAAGUAGCCGAGAGAGUCAGCUGGAGAAGGUGGUUCAUGGAUAAAACAGGAAAAUCAUUUGGUCUUAAAGACGAGGUGUCCGAUGAAGCACCAUCAAAGAGGACCAAGGCUGAUCCAUAAAUACAUAUCUGCAGCCUUUUCUCUGUUUGAUUAUCUGCUAGCCAACAGUAGGUAGUGCACAAUAAUGCUCUUAAUUUUCUAGGUCAAUAAAUUUCGUUUCUUUUCUCAGUACUUCAUAACUUAUGUUUAAAUAUGGUUCCAUCGUGUUAGCCAUGUGUGCCUUUUUUAGUCUCAUGAUGUUUAUAUUUUGCUCACAACAACCUCUGAUACAUUAUUGCCCAUCUAAUUUCAUGUUUUUAUCAGACAGUAACUGCCACUCCGAAACAAACUUUGGUUUUGAUGUUUAUGUUACAUCUGUGUGGCAUAUAACAGUGUAAGUUCAUCAAAAUGCAGCAUUAAGCUGAGAAGUUGCUUGCAGAA